CGCCGCGCGUCGCGUAUUCCUUUUCCCUCUCUCUCUCUCUCAAAAUAUAUGUAAGAAUAGGCAAGGGGUGGGAGAGGAGAGAGCCAGGGGCAGGGAGAGGGACAGAAUAGAAACCCCUCGUUUCUAUUCUCUCCCACCAACCCUACGCUAUAUUUGCCCCGAAAUCCGCGCCCCCUCCUCCUUCCCCCACUCUCCUUCCCUUUCUCUCCCUUGUCUCCUUUGAUUGGAUCCAUCCGAUCCUUCUCCCACUCGGCAUUUAGCGGCUCGGUUCUUGAUCUCCUUCUUUCGGCCGAUGUUCGUUGAUCCCUCCUCCGUUUGGUCCCAAUUCCAGGGUUCCGUCUUGCCUCGGAUUUAAUCGGAUUAGGUUUCGAUUCCCAUUGCUCGGUUCCGGGGUGACUGUCAACGAGUGUUGUUUGCUGGAUUAUGCAGAAAGAGUUGAAAGGAAGUUUCAGCUGAAGGGAAAAUUUUCGUAUCUGAACCAAAGGAACCAUGAAAAAAGCUUUUGAUCAAACAUUUAGAGAUCUCAAGAGAGAGGUGAACAAGAAAGUCUUAAAGGUGCCCGGUAUUGAGCAGAAGGUGCUUGAUGCGACAAGCAAUGAAGCUUGGGGUCCUCAUGGGUCGCAUCUGGCAGAUAUUGCACAGGCCACCCGGAACUAUCAUGAAUAUCAGAUUAUCAUGGUGAUCAUCUGGAAGAGGAUUAAUGAUACUGGAAAAAAUUGGCGUCAUGUCUAUAAGGCAUUGACUGUCCUGGAGUACCUUGUAGCACAUGGAUCUGAACGUGUAAUUGAUGAAAUCAGGGAACAUGCUUAUCAAAUAUCGACUUUGUCCGACUUCCAGUAUAUUGAUUCUAGUGGGAGGGAUCAGGGAAGCAAUGUUAGGAGGAAAUCUCAGAGUCUUGUUGCAUUAGUAAACAGUAAAGAAAGGAUACAGGAGCUUAGAGAGAAAGCUGCUGCUAACAAGGAAAAGUAUGGUGGUGGCAGAACAUAUAGGCCCGAUUCACGUGGACAUGAUGAUCGCCUUGAUGAUGAUCGUUUUGAGGGUCGUUAUGGAAAUAGAGAUGAAGAUCGAAAUCGAUAUGGUAGGGAAAGAGAUUCAGGGUUUGACAGAUAUGGCCAAGGUGGGGACUCAUCUAGUCAGGAUGGUGAUCGCUAUGGUCGGGAUUUUGGUGAACGCUACAGAACAGAAGCUUAUGGAGAUGAGAAUUAUAGAGGUCGUGGAAGUGAUAGUUACCGAUUCAGGUCAAGAAGUAGGAGUGUUGAUGUUGAUACAGAUCGUUCCAUUGAUGAUGAUGACCGUUAUUCAUAUCGAAGUGGUGAUGCAAGAGCUGAUGACCAUGUUCAGGAUGGAAGACAACUUGAGUGCAAACUCUCUGAGGAAAAUGCUAGUGCCCCACCUAGUUAUGAGGAAGCAAAAAGGGAUGCCCAAAACUAUGUGCAGGAUGAGAGUGAUGGAGGGACCAUAGAAGCAACCGUGGAUGAUACAUCUUCACCAGCUGCACCUGAGGCAACUUCUUCCAAAGAUGCAAGUCAAAGUCAAGACCCUACCGUCACUGGCGGAUCAGUGGCAGCCCAAGACAACAUAGUUGAUGCGUUUGAUGAGUUUGAUCCGCGUGGUUCAGGGGCAGCUGCUCCACCUGCUGCAAGUAAUCAAGAGUUGGACAUUUUUGGAUACUUAUCAGCACCAGAUUCUGCAAAUUCAAUGGCUCUGAUGACUUUACCUUCUGGCAUUACGACUUCUGAAGCUGAUAUGCCAUUUAAUUCUGGUUUUGGGACAAAUCCUGUUGCCCCAUCAACUUCCUCUGCUACUGUAAACCAGCCUGUUGAAAAUCCUUUUGGAGAUUCCCCUUUCAAGGCUACUCAAGAAGAAUUCCCGCCUCAGCCACAAGACUUCACAGCUGCCCCUUCCUUCCAGCCUCCUGGAUCAGCUGGUGGUACUGAAACUCAACCACCAAUAGCCCCAGCCAUGGAAGCAUUCUCAAACUUUGAUUUUGGUGACACCUUGGGUGAUAUUACUUACGCUCCAACUGUAGCAAAUAGUCAAUAUUCUUCUGCUGGUCCUACAUUUUUGGCUCCAGAGUUGCCCAUAACACAGGAAAACAGCGAUAUUCUCGCAGAUAUUCUACCGCCAACAGGCCUUGCAGCUGAAAUCCCUUCACAGGCACUUCAGCAUACAGCUAUGACAACUACAACAAGUGCUCAAAUGAAUUUCCUUCCCCACUCAGAGGGAGCUAUUCUACCACAGAUGAGCCUUGCAGCCAAAAUCCCUACACAGGCAGCUCAACCUGCAGCUCCAACAGUCACAAAUGGUGCUCGAAUGAGUUUCGUCCCCUGUGCAGGGCUAUCAACUCCACAAGCAGCUUCAGUUUCAUCACAGGCAGCUUAUUUCGCAGCUCCAGCCAGUCCGCAGGCAGCUCAACCCACAGCUCCAACAACCACAUAUGGCGCUCAAAUGGAUUUUCUCCCUUAUUCAAACCUAUCAACUCCACAAGCAGUUGCAGUUUCAUCACAGGCAGCUCAUUGUGCAGCUCCAACUAGCAUGCAGACAGCUCAACCAGCAGGUCCAACACCUACAAAUGGGGCUCAAAUGAGUUUUCUCCCCCAUUCAGAGCUAUCAACUCCACAGUCUGCUCCAGCUACAUCACAGGCAGCGCAUUUUGCAGCUCCAGCUAGUAUGCAUGCAGCUUCAUCUGAUAACCUUCCCUUCCAGCCAGUUGCAUCCACUCCGGUAGCUUCACAAGCAACUUCCACUACCUCGGCUCUACCUCCUGUAAAAGCUCAGCCAUCAAAAUUCCAGCCAAAAUCUGCAGUUUGGGCAGACACAUUGAGCCGAGGUCUUAUCGAUCUGAACAUAUCUGGACCUAAAGUCAAUCCCCUAGCAGAUAUUGGAAUUGACUUUGAGGCCAUCAAUCGGAGGGAGAAGAGAAAAGAGAUGAAAAGCUCUGCUGUGACUCCUGUGACAUCUACCAUCACCAUGGGCAAAGCUAUGGGAGCUGGCUCUGGUAUCGGUCGCGCUGGUGCAAGUAGCCUUGCCCCACCUCCAAAUCCCGCGAUCAACCCUGCCCUGGGAAUGGGCAUGGGCAUGGGCAUGGGAAUGGGUGGAGGAACUGGCAUGGGAAUGGGUGUUGGCAUGAGCAUGGGCGGGUAUGGUGGGGGCAUGAAUCAAUUACCUAUGGGCAUGGGAAUGGGGAUGAACAUGGGUAUGGGAACGGGGAUGAACAUGGGCAUGGGUCAAGGAGCACACAUGCAACCUCCCACCGGAAUGCCUUCCGUUCCUGGCAUGGCUCCGGGUCCUGGCUUGUCAGCCUACAAUCCCACGAUGGGUAUGGGUAACUAUGGCUCGCAACAGCCAUAUGGAGGUGGGUAUAGAUGAAAGAGUUUAAUCAUGAAGAAAACUGGGAGGAGAAACGAACACAAAUGUCACAUGUUUGCAGUAUAAGUUGCAAUAGAAUGUGAGAUUUGGUGGCACUGGUUUUACUAAGCAGGUUGAUUAAGAUGUGUGUGUGUAAUUUCCGUUCAUUGUUUGGGCGUUAAGAUUCUAUCAAUGUCUCGUGUUGGCAGUCAGGCCUGCUCUGCUAGUAUCUGAUGUGGUGUUAUGUAGAUGAUAGAUUAUUCGAGGUUCAUUAGUGGAUUUUUUUUCCUAAAUUUGUUCCAGCAUGUUUGCUGGAAGGAAAAUAAAUUGAGUUGUCAUUUUUUUUUUCAUAUUCAAAAACCUUGUUGAAUUUUGAGAAAUUUUCCAUUAGAUCAUCCGAAUUUGGCA